AGUAUUUGGCCCCAGCAGGUGUACCAUGGAGCUGGCUCUGCCUGCCAUCCUAUUUACCUUCUUUCCUGGAGUUCUUCUGGGGAGUGAGGUCCUCCCAACCGACUCUGACAGCCCGUCUACCACGACAGGCAGGAGGAGCAUUGACUUGGACUCAGUGUGUGGACGUCCCAGGACAUCAGGCCGCAUCGUGUCAGGACAAGAUGCCCAGCUGGGCCGGUGGCCUUGGCAGGUCAGCGUGCGGGAGAAUGGGGCGCACGUGUGUGGGGGAUCUCUGAUUGCUGAGGACUGGGUGUUGACUGCUGCCCAUUGCUUCAACCAGGGCCAGUCCCUGUCUAUCUACACAGUACUGCUGGGUACCAUCUCCUCCUACCCUGAGGACAAUGAGCCGAAGGAGCUGAGAGCUGUGGCCCAGUUUAUCAAGCACCCAAGCUAUUCAGCGGACGAGCACAGCAGUGGAGACAUUGCCCUGGUGCAGCUGGCUUCACCCAUCUCCUUCAAUGACUACAUGCUUCCAGUCUGCCUCCCGAAACCUGGCGACCCCCUGGAUCCUGGCACCAUGUGCUGGGUCACUGGCUGGGGACACAUUGGCACAAAUCAACCGCUCCCACCACCCUUUACCCUGCAGGAGUUGCAGGUGCCUCUCAUUGAUGCUGAGACCUGCAAUACCUACUACCAGGAGAACUCCAUUCCCGGCACGGAGCCAGUCAUCCUUGAAGGCAUGCUGUGUGCUGGUUUCCAGGAAGGCAAGAAGGAUGCUUGUAAUGGUGAUUCCGGAGGUCCCCUAGUCUGUGACAUUAAUGAUGUCUGGAUCCAGGCAGGGGUGGUGAGUUGGGGAUCUGAUUGUGCUCUGUUCAAGAGGCCAGGUGUUUACACCAACGUCAGUGUCUACAUCUCAUGGAUUCAGAACACAAUGUGGAAUUUACCCAUGGAAGGAAGAGGUUUUUCCCCCAGCCUUUCAGGGACUCCACUCUUGGGCCUGUUGCUGUUUCUCACAUCCCUCAGUAGCGCCUUCUUCCUCCUGGGACCCUAAUGCCAUCAUCUCUGCACCUGUAUCUGGAACUGUUCCCCUCGACCGGCUUCCAGGCCAGCACAGCUUCUCUCACAGACGCCCUCCUGUGCCCUCCUUGCACAGCUACCUUCAGACAAGCACCCCAUCCAUGCUGUGUCCUUUAGGGACCCUCUCCUCACCCCAUCAGAAGCCUCCUAACUCCCACAUCAUUAAGAUCCUUGGGACCAUCAGCUAAGCUCUGAUCUCCUGGCCCCCAUGGACCCUGAGCUGCCUCUCACACCCUUGGGGCCUGUGGGUUUCCAGGGGCAGAGGGACUUCAUGCCUCUCACUCCUGGGUGGAGCACAGGCCACAGCCAUCUUUCAGGGUAUCCUUUGGUGGUGUCUGUGACCAGGCAAGUCUUUCUCUAGUGUAUCUGUGUCUGAAACAAUAAAGACUGGAUCGGGCAGUGCA